AUGAAGACUUGGAACAAUGUUACAAUCACAGAGGAUGAUCUGAGAGAAGACGGCGAAACCUUGAUGCUGCAAUACUUUAACUGGGUCAUAGUCUUCGUCCUCACUCCAAUGAUCGCAGUGCUUGGAGUUAUGGGAAAUCUCACCAGUGUGACGGUGUUGAUCAAACUGGGUCUUAGAAAAAGCUCAGACAUCUUACUUGUGGCCCUGGCUGUGUCGGAUAUAUCUUACAUGAUCGGAGCGAAUAGUCCAGCCAAGCUGAUAUACCAGUGGGGAAGAAUGGAAGGCUUUGCUUUUUCCGAAGGCGUAUCUCGGGUUUGCUUCUUCAUCUAUCACUUGUUCGACAUAUUGGAUUGGGGAGGAGGUCACGCCUCGGUAGGUCUUCCUGUGUUUAUCACUUUUGAUCGACUUAUCGCCGUAUUCUUUCCUUUAAAAUUUAAGUUGAUUGUCACAAGACACAGAACCCUAGCAGCUGUGCUACUCUUUUAUGCGUACAGCUACGGUAUACAAAUUUACAUUCGUUUUUGGUAUACGUUUACUUACACAUCGAGCGACGAAUAUAACGUGACAAUAGGACUGAUAGACAGAUCAGAGCUCUUCUGGAGCCAACAGGCAGCAUCCAAAGUGAUAGAAGACAUUUACGCGGCGUCCCUUGCACCUUUAAUCGCUGUCAGCCUUGGAUGUCUGGUGAUAGGCAUCAAACUAAAACUGACGGCACUGCAAAGAGCCAAAAUGACGCGGCGAGCAAAGAAAGGGAAAUCCCUCCACGGAAAGCAAGCGCAUUCCAGUUCACACCGCACCACCAAGACUUUGCUCUCAGUCUGCGGCUUCUACUGCAUAACUUGCGUGUUUAUCUCUUUGCCUUCAAUGCUUCCCAAGGAUUCGUUCUUCCCCCUUUUCAGCAGUGCUCCUAGCCAAGCAGCAGUGAUUGUCUACAAUGUGCUGCAAUUGAUUCUCUGCGUCAACGCCACGUCGAACUUUGUUAUUUACGUGGUUAUGAACAGGAACUUUAGAAAGACAUUUCUGACUUUGUUGAAGGUCAAGCAAAGUGGACAACAGGAACUUUAG